UCCCUCCCCGUUCCCCCCGCUGCCCCGCCGCGCGGCUCUGCGUGCGCCGCCCCGUCAUGGAGCAGGGGCCAGCGGGGGGGCCCGCUGCUGCUACCGCCGUCACCACCACCACCGCCACCGCCGCCGGCAUCGGGGGUCUGCUCCUGCCGCUGAGCGAGAGCGAGCAGCAGCACUACUCCGAGCUCUUCUCGCGGUGCUGCCCGCCCCCCGAGGCGGCCGCCGGGGGCAGCAGUGUGGGCGAGCUGUUCCGGGCCUCGCAGCUGCCUCCGGACACGCUGCACCAGAUUACCGAACUUUGUGGAGCCAAGCGUGUGGGUUAUUUUGGUCCUGCUCAAUUUUAUAUUGCUUUGAAGUUAAUUGCAGCAGCUCAGUCAGGGUUCCCAGUACGGAUUGAGAGCAUUAAGAAUGAAUUGCCCCUGCCACGGUUUAUGGCGCUGAAAAAUGACAGUGAAGCACGUUACGGGACUCCAGCAGAACUCCAUGGAGUUAAGUUUCAGGUUCCACAUGCAACUUUGGAAAAAAAUUCCUACAAAAGAACAGAUGAAGGGGACAAACAGGAGCCCAGAUCUCCUCCAGUGUCUCCAAUAUGCUCACCUCCUGCUUCUCCAUCUACUUACCAGAGAAUACCCCUAAGUUAUGGAUAUGGUAAAUCAAGAAGUGGUCUGGAGCAGCAGCACGGAGUUCCUUAUGAAGUCAGACACUCUACUCACCAGCAAGAUGGACCAUCAUCAGGGAAUUACGGAGCCAAGCCUUCACUCACCUGCUCAACUCCAAAUCGGUCUCUUUCAGCAGAGCGGGAGCAACAGGACAGCAGCACCCAUUAUUCAGAUGACCCUUGGAGGAUAACGGAGGAGCAGCGAGACUACUAUAUCAACCAGUUCAGGUCCCUGCAGCCUGACCUGAACGCCUUUGUUUCAGGUUCUGUGGCAAAGAAUUUCUUCACAAAAUCAAAGCUGCCCAUCCCAGAGCUUUCUCACAUCUGGGAGCUGAGCGAUGUGGAUUGUGAUGGGGCGCUGACACUCCCGGAGUUUUGUGCUGCUUUCCACCUUGUGGUUGCAAGGAAGAAUGGUUACCAGCUGCCCAAGACACUGCCGGAAACACUGCUGCCAGAGUACCUCCAAGCAGCUUCUUUGAAGCCCAUGUGUGACUGUGCACUAUUUGAUUCUUAUUCUGAGCCAUUGCCAGGCAGUCAGCAGACUCGGGACUUCAGUCGGUCAGAGAAGACAUCAGCUGAAGAGGUACCUGAUAACUCUGCCCUGUUACAAGAUGGAAAGAAAGAUGACAAAGAAGCUCUUAAAGUCAACACUGCUCUCAAAACCAUACCAAAGGAAUUUCAGCACUUGACUGUGAAAACAGCCACUCAGGAAUCUAAUGCACUUAAAGCCAGACCACGAUCCAGGUCUUACUCUAGUACAUCAAUAGAAGAUGCAAUGAAAAAGGGAGAAGAACCCCCUAUUCCACCUCCAAGGCCACAGAAAUCACAUUCCAGAGCUUCCUCUUUGGAUCUGAACAAAAUAUUUCAACAAAACACACAAGCUGUGAGGUCUGGCUGGCUGCCACCACCACCACCUGCGCUGCCCCCUCGACCUUCUGUGUCUCAGACAGAGCAACCAUCUGAGGUUGAAUUACAUCCUCAGAUGAACAGACCUCCGGUGCAGGCAGAAGAAAACAGUUCAGCAAAAAAGGAGGUUGUUCUUGCUCAGCCACCCUCCAAACCCACCCGCAGGAAGCUCCGGGCAGAGGCACAGGGGCUGGAGACCCCUGAGCUUUCUCCCACUAUAAAUGCGACUCCUUCCGCACCAGCAGUCAAGCCUCACCUCCCAGUCCAAAAACAGUCUUCCAAGCAGAAAAGGGCUAUUCAGACUGCUAUACGCAAAAACAAGGAAGCCAAUGCUGUGCUCGCCAGGUUGAACAGUGAGCUCCAGCAGCAGCUGAAGGAGGUUCACAAGGAGCGAAUUGCCUUGGAAACGCAGCUGGAGCAGCUACGUCCUGUCACAGUCUUGUGACUUCCCUCACUGCCGUGCAGCAGCAAAAGCAGAGCACGUGUCCCAGCAGCCUUGCAAGAAGAGGAGCCUGGUGGGGCUAAGCAGGGUUUCUGCCAAGCUGGUGAUGGUGGGGAGGACCGGCUUGUUGGGUCUCCCUUCACCCCACAGCACGCAAUUGCCUUUGAAGGUGAAGAAGGUACAGAAAAUAAAUAUCUGACUGCUGGAUGUUUCUGAGCUGAAGGAUGCUUUGCCUUUUUUCCUCCCUCUUCCCAGUCUAACGUGUAAAUGCAGUUUAUCACUGAAAUGAAUAACCUGAGAGUAUUUUAUUUAUGUAAAGAAUUCCUGAUUUAUACAUGUUCUGUGAGCACCUCCUGCCCCGGUCAUUAAGAGGUACAGCGUUUCUGGGUUCUUGCUUACAUUUAAAACUCAUUCUCUGAGGCGGGCUAUUGGAUGCUACUAGUUCCUGUAAGAUUGUAUCAUGGUAGAGUUCCUGUGAGUUCAAUAUGCUACAGGAAUAAAGCUCCCUAGACAUAGAGUCUGCAAUCACAUGUCAGAUAAUUAUUUUCUUAGUACUGUUUAUUAUGCAAUCAUGGAUGUAUUUUAAUGUUAGAAAACUUGUAUUUUAUAAGUUCAAAUCAUAGCAGAGAACAGUGAAAAAUACAAAAAUAUAAUUAUUUUGGUAAUUACAAAAAAAAAGUGGGUUUUGAGCUAUAACUGUUUCUUCUCCACUAGUGUUUGAUCACUUGCUUGCAACUGACAGUGUCUCUGCAUACUUUCAGCAUGUCAGAGAUCACUGACUUAUAGCUUUUCUUCUUUAUUUUUUUUUUUUUAACCAUCUAUUUCUAACAAGAGGUUCAAAAUGCAUUCGGGGCAUUUUACAAAAGCUAUUGUAUGUACCUUUGUAUUAGUCUGCUUUGUCUUAAUAGCUGCUGAUUUGUUCUAAGGAUGUGUACAAGAACUGUAUUUCCAAAAGAAGAAAGAUAGCAAAAGUGCUAUACAUGAGGUUAUAAAAUGUGUGAUGGAAAUAAUUGCCUUCUACAACAGGAUUUCAUUAAGGUUCCUUUGUACCUCGCUGGAGAUGCUACUGAUAGGGUGAAGCUGCUAAUGCCCAUCUAUUUUCUAAAAGAAGAAGCAAUGAUUAUUUUUUAAGCUGAUCCAGGGCAAACUGAAUCCCAUGGGGAUUUUUCCGUGGAUGCAGUGGUCCUUGGCUUCGGUCUCAGUUCUGGCAAUGGAAGCUGGCUCAGUACUCUUAGAUGGGGUGACUUCAGGCAUAACGUCAGCCCUGCUCCCACCAUGGAUACGAUGUGUGUUUCAAUGCAAAAGAAUGUCACUUACUUGUUAUCCAUCUUAAAUGUGAUGCUGCAGGUGUUUCAUGUCCUGUUGUUCACUGACCUGAUUUAAGUGUACAAGUUUGCCUUGCAGAAAUGAUGGCAAAGGUUUUUACUGUUGCUGGUGUGAAGCUGUAGGGAGAAAGGAACAGGAUGGCUCUGGGGCUGAGAGGAAGGAGUAGUGCGUUUGAAGUAACUGGGUAUCCUUCCUUCAGGGUGUAUCACAGAAUGACUGCAGAGGGAUAUCAGAGGACUACAGAGCAGCUAAACAUUUUGUUGAGAGAUAAGGCAGACAUCAAUGGGAAUGUUUAAAGUGAUGAGGAAACAGCUUAUUCUUGCUGAAAGCAAUAUGGAUGUGGGACAUGGAUCCAGAAUUCUGAAGGUGAAAAUAAGCAUUUGCGGAAUUGUUACUAAAAGUCUGUUUUUGUAACAUGUUGGUUUUGAUUCAACUAAACAUCAUUAUGUUGACAAGCAAAAACCAGUUCUCUGGAGUUGGGACUUCUGUGCAGCUGUUGCAUACCAGGGUUCAGAAAGUCAUUCCUGGUCUAUGAUAGAAUGUGAGAACUGCAGACUAUUCUGGGAAGCUGCAAAGGAGCUGCUGUCCUCUUAUCAAUAGUGGUACUGUUCAGAAGUUACCAUUUAUUUUGUAUCUUCAUAACAGUUAUAGAAUCAUAGAAUAGUUAGGGUUGGAAAGGACCUUCAGAUCAUCUAGUUCCAACCCCCCUGCCAUAGGCAAAGACACCUCCCAUUAAACCAUGCCACCCAAGGCUUCGUCCAACCUCACCUGGAACACCACCAGGGGUGGAGCACUUACAACUUCCUUGGGCCCAUUACCCCUUGUCCUGUCACUACAGUCCCUAAUGAAGAGUCCCUCCCCAGCAUCCCUAUAGGCCCCCUUCAGAUACUGGAAGGCUGCUAGGAGGUCUCCACGCAGCCUUCUCUUCUCCAGGCUGAACAGCCCCAACUUUCUCAGCCUGCCUUCGUACAGGAGGUGCUCCAGUCCCCUGAUCAUCCUCGUGGCCCUUCUCUGGACUUGUUCCAACAGUUCCAUGUCCUUUUUAUGUUGAAGACACCAGAACUGUGCACAAUACUCCAAGUGAGGUCUCAUGAGAGUAGAGGGGCAGGAUCACCUCCUUCGACCUGCUGGUCAUGCUUCAUUCCUGAGUCUUUAAUGAGGUUAAGUGCUUGCUCUGUUUGCUUUCUAGGUCUUACAUUGUCUUUUGGUUAAUAAACCCCUACUAUUCAAUAGGAAACAAAAUCAUAUGGCAUGUUUGUUUUUUCUUUUAAGAGUGAUUUUUUUAAGGAAAGCUUUUCCAUUAUUACAAAGAACUGUGCACCUUGCAUUUUUAAGGCAGUGGAGACUUUUUCAUGUUUCAUAGGGACAUCUUUUAGAAUCCCCCAUGUAUUUCACUUGUGUUAUUCAUGGAAUAGAUGCUGUUCAAAGGAAGGGUGGAAAAGCCUGCUUUGUAUGUCUUUUUCAAAUGUUUCCCUUCAAAUACAGUUUUUUUUUGUCCACUGGAAAGUAGGAUACCUGGUCAGACAACAGUGAAAUAUUUGCUCAGUUGUUAUUCUACCACAGGACUUAAUACAUUAAAAAUUUUAAACAUUCCUGCAUUUUUGCAUUCAAAUGUCCCACUCAGCUUCAAGGCCUAGAGUGAGCUGAUUUGUAUUCUCUUUGAUGGCAUUUUGGCUAUGAUGAUCAUAUGCUACUUCACAGAGAGAGUAAAGCACAGUAUUCAAGGAGAAGUGUUGGUGGGUUAUACAUACGAUGCAGGAAGUUAACCCUUCUGUAUGUCUCGGUACUUAAGCAUUCACGAUAACCCAUGCACAAUGAGAAAGUGUGACUGGCUGGGGAGGCUAUUAGGAUUUUGAGAGGGAGAGGAAUGCCCUAUGAACCUAUAGACAGUGCUUCUGGCAGUUGCUCCAUGCAGCCACACUCAUGGCUACUAUGAACAGACCCUGGCUGUUCAAAAUUCACAUAUGAAUACAGUUUCACAGAUUCUCUCAAAAAAUAUUUUUCCUUUGGAAAAAUGUGGGUACAACAAAACGAUCAUUUCUUGCAGAAACCUUUACUUCCUGAAAUGCUGGAUGGGAGAUGCUCCUAGACCCAAAGAGACCAUUUGGUCAGAAAGGGAGAACUUCACAAGCAGUUUGCCAGUGUUCAGAGGACUUUCUUGAGCUACAGGAGAGCAAUUAACUUCAAGCACCUGGCAGGCCUAACCCAGCACAGCAUCUAGGAUCUGCCUGACCAAGGAAAGAGAGCAGCUUCCCACAAGUGAGGUCUCAACUCUUCUCACUUCCUGGUUUCUGUAGGUACUUCUGCAGGACAAAACAUGCCCAGCAAGAGAGGAUAACUGGGAGCAUGAGCUGGAGCAUAGCUUACCUGCAUCUGAGAGGAUGCGCUGACCGUCAGCCUGGGGCCCGUUCUAAAUCUUCAGUUUACUGCAGCUAUUCUGGUUUGGAUAAUUAAAUAUUUUUGUCUGCAAGACAAGACUAGGCAGAACAGAUAAGGGUCUUCCUCAGUGUGUGUGUAAAUGUGCAUUCACAUGUCUUCCUUUUGAUGAGGUAUUUCUUCAUGGAUCAGUUAAUGUUCAUAUCACCUGGUAUCUUUCUGUGAAAUACUUGUUUCACAUGGUAAUUCCGUGGUGAAAAAAGAAAAAUGCCCUGCUAAGUGUAGUGACUGGUUGCCUUUGUAGAUCAAGCCAUUUUUAUUUGAGCCGUUAAAUGUAAAUAAUGACCUGGUAAUUAAGCAAGGCAAGCAGCUUCCAUUCAUUUCAUAGGCAUUCCUUUAAACAAAUUGCCUGUGUACAAACAUUAAUCCUUAAUGAUCAAUGUCCUUCUCCUAGUUAUUAAUUUUAUAGUCGGAUGCAGUGGAAACAUUACCACCUGUUUCCAGACAGCUCUCAGUUCUGUCUUCCGGAGACUUUUGGUGCCAUAGCAAAAUGUCAGUGAUUGGUGGAUUCAGCCCUCUUACUGGUAAGUUGGUGAAUAUCCUUUUUAACUCAAAAGAUUAUCUCCAGACUGUUCUUACAUGUGUGGCAAUAGUUUUGCUGCUGGGAAUUCUGUAUCUGCAUUGGAGAGAGGAACUUGGUUUGGCUAUCAUCCGUAAAGUGCCAGCUUGAUACUAGCCUGGGCUAACCAGCAUGAGGUGGUGACAACUUGCACAGUAAAAUGACCCGUGUGGGAUGGCCGGGACUGGGAAUCCCUCCCAGGAAGCAUUUAGGAUGGGCAUGAUAGGAAAAUUGCCUUUUGGUGGUAUUUAAGCUUUCCUCUCAGUUGAACUUCCAGAUCAGGAAGAAAGAGAGCCUGUAAAAGUUGCGAGUCAGGGAAUGAGGGGUGUCCAUUUUCCAGGACCAUCAGCCCUUUGGCCUUCAGCACACACAGUUCUUGACAAGAAAAUACACAGGCUCAUGAAGCCACAUAUUUUAUUGACUAAAGAGUGGAAGUAUUUUUUUGGGGGAAAAAAAAUGAAGCGAUGUAGUACCUUCAAGAAGAGAUGAUGUAUUUUCAAGCUUUUUUCAGUUAUCUUCAUGAUAAUGUGCUAUGAACAUAUGCAUUAUGUUUUACUCUGUUACUGAUUUUUUUAUAUAUAAAAAAAUCGUAUUGCAAGCAUUAUCACUGUUAAUCUAAAAAGAAAAAAUACCCCGAGGCUAGGAUAUAUUUGAAUUUUAACUUAUAAAGUAGAUAACCAGAUUUAAGCAAUUUGUUUUCACAGCUGCAGACUGUCCACAUGGUACGCUGCAAAAUGCAUAGUGUUCUCUACUAUGCCCGUCUAAUUUUGGAAAAUGUAUGUGAUACGGAGCUGGGUGCUACAUUAAAAUAAAAGCAUCCAAUAACUUCAAA